AUGACAAAACUAAAUUAUGACUAUGAAGAACCAAUUAAUAAUAAUGCAAUUAAUAUAAAUCACGUAUCAGAAGAUGAAUUAUUAUUUUUACCUGGUAUAAAUCGACAAUUAGCAAAAAAUAUAAUUGAAUAUCGACAAAGCCAUGAUGGCUUUUCACAAAUCAGUGAACUUUUACAAGUUAAUGGAAUACCUUCGAAUUUACUUCGACGUAUUUAUGCUGAUAUAACUAUUGAUUCAUCUUCUUGUUCUUCAUUAAAUAAUAAAAAAGAACUUAUUAAUCUGAAUUUAGCAUCAUAUGAUGAAUUAUGUUCAGUAGCUGGUUUAACACCAAAUCUUGUUAAACGAAUAAUUCAACGUCGAGAACGAAAAGGAUUAUUUCGUUCUCUUAGAGAUUUACUUAAAAUAAAAGGAAUCGACUACAUUAUUUUAGAGACUAUUCGUCCUUUUGUCACUGUUGAUGAUAAAAAAAUUAGAACUUCUAUUAGUUACACUUCAUUGAAUAAUCUUUAUUCAACAUUAAAUAGAAAUGAUGAUAAUGCAAAAGACACACUUUUAUUUAUUUCACGUUUAUUACAAACAUUACCAAAUGAAACACAAACAUUACUUCUUUCAUCAUUUCCUUCACAUCCAUCUGUUAUUCCUAACCAUACUAAUAAACAAAAUACUUUUCGUUUUGCUUCAUGGAAUUUACAACAAUUAACCAAUGAUAAGGUACAAAACCCAGGUGUUAGAGAAGUUAUUUGUCGAGUUAUACUUGAAAAUAAUUUUUCAUUAAUUGGUAUUCAAGAAAUUGGAAACAAAGAAUCGUUGGAUUCAAUUGUGCAAGAACUAAAUAAUCCAACUAUUCCAUCAAUUAAAAAUUGGCCUAAUCGUCGUCAUGGAAAAUGGAAAUCUAUUACCAGUGAUGCCUCUAUUGAAACAUUACAGACAGCUGAAUAUCUUGGAUUUCUGUAUGAUGAAUCAAUUGGUAUUGAAUUUAAAAAGGCUUCAUUAUUACCAUUUAAAACAUACUUUGCUCAAUUACCAUAUAUUACUAUAUUUCGUAUAUUUAAUAGACUUGAAUUAGUUUUUGUUAAUAUUCAUUUAACAACAAAAAAAUCAAAUGGAGAUAAAAGUGAAGAAAAAAAAGAUGAAGCUAAAUCAUUAUCAGUUUUAGCUCAAGCUAUGAAGAAUACAAUUGAACAAAAACAUGUAAUCAUUUUUGGAGACUUUAAUAGUGUUCCAACAGCUUCAGAAUUUGAAGCAUUAGUUAAAUGUAAUUACUCCUAUGUUAUUCAACAAAAUACAAAUAUUAGUUUAAAAGAACCACAAGGAUCAAUUUGUAUAGAUAAUAUUUGGCUUUCUGAGGAAGCGAAAAGUUUAAGAAAUUCCGGAAUUAUUCGUGAUAAUCUUACUAAUAUUUGGAUUCCAAAUGGUUGGGCAUUGGGUGGUUUAGUAAGUGAUCAUUGUCCGAUUUGGAUGGAAUUUGAUUUAUCUUAA